AUGUUGAAUCAGUACCAGUUCGACACGAAAUAUUACUAUGAAGUAGGGAUUGGACGCACGGCAAGAACUUUUUGGUUUACAACUCCUCCUGAGGUUGGCCCGGAUGUCCCAUAUACGUUUGGUCUCAUAGUGUUUGAUAUUUGGGGAUAUUGGUCAGACUAUGAUUCAAAUAAGACUCUUACUCAUUACGAAUCAAACCCAACAAAAUGGAAAACAGUGCUGUUUGUUGGGGACCUCAGUUAUGCCGAUUACUAUCCAAAUCAUGGUAAUGAAAGGUGGGAUACAUGGGGAAGGUUUGUUGAGAGAAGCACUGCAUAUCAACCUUGGAUAUGGACUGCAGGAAAUCAUGAGAUUGAUUUCGCCCCUGAACUCGGCGAAACAAAACCAUUUAAGCCUUUUACUCAUCGUUAUCGUGUCCCUUAUAAAGCGUCAAAUAGUGUUGCUCCCUUUUGGUACUCAAUCAAGAGAGCUUCGGCAUACAUCAUAGUCUUGUCUUCUUAUUCAGCAUAUGGCAAAUACACUCCUCAAUACCAAUGGCUUCUGGCAGAGCUACCAAAAGUAAACAGGAGUGAGACACCAUGGUUGAUUGUUCUUAUGCAUGUUCCGUGGUACAAUAGCUACAACGAUCAUUACAUGGAAGGAGAAACCAUGAGAGUGAUGUUUGAGCCAUGGUUUGUACAGCACAAAGUUGAUGUUGUGUUUGCUGGCCAUCUUCACGCCUAUGAGCGAUCAGAACGCGUAUCCAACAUUGCUUACAAUGUUGUAAAUGGCAUCUGCUCUCCUGUAAAAGACCAAUCUGCCCCUGUAUACAUAACCAUUGGCGACGGUGGAAAUAUUGGAGGCCUAGCAACCAACAUGACAGAGCCACAGCCGAAGUACUCAGCUUUUCGUGAAGCGAGUUUUGGUCAUGCCAUUUUUGAUAUUAAGAACCGGACACAAGCUUAUUAUAGUUGGCACCGUAAUCAAGAUGGCAAUGCUGUGGAAGCUGAUUCUUUAUGGUUUUUUAAUCGAAUUUGGCAUUCAGUUGAUGAUUCUGCAAGCACCCAUUGAUGACGAUAAGCAUGUGUACUCUAUAAUAAGUUCUUCAUUCAUA